GGUCAGCAGAGCAAACGUCAAAGCAACCUUAAAACAAGUGACGUGACUCUCUUAUCAUGUAAAACAACAGCUAUUCGUGAAAAAAUACAUUAAUCAGGCAUCACAAUGAAGAUUCCGUCAGUUUCUGUGAUUUUAAGUGCGAUAUUCUUGUGUUACAUAGGACAUUCUAUUUAUACUUUAGUUAAAUUAUUCCGAACCCCUGUGUGUAGUCAAACCCCAUGUUUUAAGUCAUAUCUGGCCUCCAAUCCUAAACUCCAGCUAGCUCUGUUUACGUCUACUACAAAUAAUCCUAUAAGUAGUGAAGUUACAAAAUUGGCAUCAAUUGGAAGAUUUGAUUACAACAACGAAUAUACAAGAUCAUUCGACAUAAACAUUCCUGCGAAGACUAGACGCAAUGGAACGUUAUACCUACACGCCGUCCUUGGGAGCGAUAAUGAAGUCAUAGAGUGGAAAUCACUCAAAAAAGAUGGACCCCUUGUUGUACAGAAGUUUCGACUUACGGAAUACGCGAUACCGCGAGCAGCAGCGUUCAAUCUUCUUGGUGUGCCGGAACGGAAAAACUCUAAGCAAAAUACAAUGGCUGCUAAACCAGUUACACACGUUCGUACAAAGGUGUUCUUAAGCAUUAUGACAGAACAUUUCCAGAUGUCAGUUGCAGAUAUACCACCGGAAUUGGCGAGGCACAUUCGAAUCAACUACAAAAAUGAGUUUCUACCUAUUUUACAAGUAGACUUUUCAAAAUCCCGCCAACACGAUCUGCUAGAAGUGAACUCAGAAAGCCAUAACUUCACAAUGGAGUUCAAUUAUAUGCCAAUUGGAGUUGGGAAGCUCAAACUUUUGGCACACGUGGAGCAGGCGUUCCAAGCACUUCAAAAGAUGGGAUUUUCCAAUAAAGAUUUGGAUGAUGUUAAAGGCAUGUUUUCCGAUACCAAUUUAUACUUGUUGUGCGGAACUCUUUUCGUUGGUAGUGUACAUAUGCUGUUUGACUUUCUGGCAUUCAAAAAUGACGUCUUGUUCUGGCGCCGAAAAAAAAGUUAUGCCGGAUUAUCCGCCAGAUCAAUUCUCUGGUGUGCAUUCAGUCAAAUAGUGAUAUUCCUUUAUCUGCUCGAUUCAGAUACAUCAAUGAUAGUCUUAGUCCCUGCCGGAAUAGGAACCAUCAUUGAGUUGUGGAAGACGAAAAAGAUAUUUCGUUUGAGAAUAGGCUGGUCGGGUAUCAAAUAUGAACCUCUUACCGAUCAAACAAGCCAACUUUCUCAGGCUGAAAACGCUACACGAAUGUUCGAUAAACAAGCGAUGAAAUAUCUCAGCUACUUGUUAUAUCCGCUUUGUGUAUGUGGAGCUAUAUAUUCACUUAUAUAUCAACCGCAUAAAAGCUGGUACUCGUGGACAAUUAAUUCGUUGGUCAAUGGAGUUUAUGCGUUCGGGUUUUUAUUCAUGUUACCACAACUGUUCAUUAAUUAUAAACUCAAAUCGGUUGCAACACUGCCUUGGAGAGCCUUGAUGUACAAAGCCUUCAACACAUUCAUCGAUGACAUUUUUGCAUUCAUCAUUACGAUGCCAACUUCACAUCGCAUAGCAUGCUUCAGGGAUGAUCUAGUGUUCGUUAUUUAUCUCUAUCAAAGAUGGUUAUAUCCUGUUGAUAAAUCAAGACUUGAUGAUGGGACGUCAGUUCACGAUCAAAUUGACGACAGUGCAUCAACUGAAGAGAUUCAAAAAGACAAGAAAGAUAAUUAAAGUAUUCAAACCAUCCAUUUUAUCAAUUUCACAUUCCUAAUAAAAAUAAUAUAUUAUUACACUUA